AAAGUAGUUGUCGUAGUUAGGGCGUGUCUGGUGGCGGAGUUGUUGGGAAUUUCCGUGUGCGUGGGCUCACAGCGCGUCAUCCGGCGCAUUCUAGCAUCUCUCGCGCCUCCACCCAACCCAUCGAGGCGGUUGUCUCUCUCUAUCUCUCUAUUAUCACCUCUUCCAGCUCAUCGACAAUGUUCACAACUUUUAUUACCUCGUCUACUUCUCCACCACCGCUUCUCCUAAACCUAGAAGGAUGUCAUCUCCUCCUGCAUCCGCCGCGACACGGAGGGUCCCCUCUCCGUGCUGGGCCCACGAAGAGACGCUGGCUCUCAUCAAGGCAUACCGCGAUCGGUGGUUCUCAGUCAGCCGCGGCAACCUCCGCGCCUCCGAUUGGGAGGACGUGGCUGCUGCCCUAGCUUCUGCUGGGGCUACUGAUGGUGCCCCUAAGACUUCCAUCCAGUGCCGCCACAAGAUCGAGAAGCUAAGGAAACGGUACCGUGCCGAGAAGCAGCGCGCUCUUUCUAAACCAGGUCGGUUCUUCUCUAGUUGGGAUUUGUUUCCUGUUUUAGAUUCUAUGGAGAUUGGAGUCGUUGGAUCUGUUCAGGAUAAGCAUAUUGAUAAAGCUGUUAAAUCUGGAAAUAUUGGUGGGAAUCAUAACCCUAAUGUUGAAAUUGGGAUUGAACCUGUGUUGCCUGGAUUCACGGCGAAGAGUAAUCGGGUGGUUAAGCCCACUCUCACCUUUGAUUGCAACUAUGGAGGUGGGUUUAGUGUGAAAUCUCGAGAUAAUGAGCUUCCUCCGCCUCCUGGGUUGGCUUAUCGUUCUAGAGCUUUUCCUGACUUCGAUGAUAGUGAUGAUGACAGUAUGUAUGGGUUCCCUGUAAAAUCCUUAGGUGAUAGGAACGUGAUGCCUCUAGCGUCUAGAUCAGUGCAUCAUGGGAAAAUUAGCAGUGAUAGAAAUCGUAAACCUAGCAUCCAUUGUGACCAUGAUAGUGAGAGUGAUGUUGAUGAAGGAUGUGGGUUUGGGAGGAGAAUUUCUGGGGAUUGGAAAUCAGGGCCUUCAGGGUUGAGGUCAAAUAGCCAUUACACGAAACAUGGGAAUACUGGUUCUCAUAUGGAUCAUGGUGUUUUGAAUGGCGUCAGUUAUUCUACAAGACCAGGUAUUGUAAAGAAGAGUGAAGGUGGAGUCAAGAGAGGAAGGGGUGCAGUCAGUGAGGUAGUUUCAUCAAUUAAGCGAUUGGGAGAAGUGUUUGUGAAGAUGGAGAAGAUGAAGAUGGAAGCUAUGCGGGAGAUUGAACAAAUGCGAAUGGAGAUAGAGAUGAAACAUAAUCAGAUGAUACUCAAGUCGCAGCAACAAGUUGUCAAUGCAUUUGCAGAAGCAUUUGUGGAAAAGACAGAGAAGAAGAAAGUGAAGAUGGUGUCAACUAAUGGGGAUUCUGAUGGGUAUGAACUCUGAAGUAGAGGCAAUGUCCAACAUGGUAGCAGGUUCAGUCUCUUUUUUCCCUUCUAGGGUUUCAUAUAUAGUUUAGUCCGUCUAUAACUGCAUCUUGGAAGUGGCAAUUUUUUGAUUGCAGAUGGAGUAGUGGAUUUUGAUGCUUGUGCCAGUUAUUUUAUGUAAGUUAAUGAAGUGCUUAAAACUA